UCGCAAUAACGGAAUACGACGCAGUCCUUGCCUAUCCCUCGGAGCCGCAUACCCGUCCUCGAGCGAGCUCUCGUCAGAACUCCAGCGAUCCUCGAUCGUCGAGAUGUUCCCCAAAUUUUUCGGCGUUCUCGUUCUGACUCUCGCUUCGAUGGCUCUAGCGGAAGACUUCACCUACCAUGAUGACGGUGUCCCGAGCUGUCCGGUACGCGACGACGCUAAGGGCAAUGCAACGAUCGUGCCCGAUCCCUUCAACUGUACCACAUUCUACAUCUGCUCGAAUGGAGUGUCACACCAUAUACAGUGUCCCGAUAACCUGCAAUUCAACACGAAUCUCCGCGUCUGUGAUUGGCCCGAAGAAGUUCAAUGUGAGUUGUUCGAACUCCCCGGGGAAGACGGUCUAGCGGGUGUCCGUGUGAGGACAAUCUAGGGUCGAGACAACUUCAAAGCGCCAUCCCGGAUUCAGCCGAAGCUAAUUCAUCCCAAUUGCUGUUAGAGAGAUCGGUCGCAUGAUAGCUGAGAUUAGGCUCUUCCGGUUGAUCAGCGAUGCCUCGCGAGGGAAUUUACGAAAGUUCUUUGAUAUUGUGCACUGUACUAUCUACGGUGAUAUAAAACUCAAAAUGCGAUAUCA